GUGGCUGCGGUGUGCAAUUCCCCUUCUACCGUCGGGAAAAGCGGGCCAAGAACCUCCGAACCGGUGAGACCGACAUGGCUCGUACCCCACGGUCCGCGGCUAUUAGAACUAGAACCGGCGUCCAACCACUCCGGUUCUCCUCCACGGUGCAGAUGGGCUCGAUUGAGGGAGCGAAGGCGGAGAACGGCGUGGCCGCCCCCGCUUGCAACGGCGGCGACCAGCGGAACGGCGGCGGCGGAGCUGCUGUGCGGGACAGCGAGGCGGAGGCUGGGAGGAAGGGAAAGGCCGGGGCGGGGGUGGCGCUUCCGCUGGAGGUGGGCACAAGGGUGAUGUGCCGGUGGAGGGACCAGAAGCUCCACCCCGUCAAGGUCAUCGAGCGGCGGAAGAUUCCCAACGCCGGCCCCAACGAUUACGAGUACUACGUUCACUACACCGAAUUCAACAGGAGGCUUGAUGAGUGGGUUAAACUUGAACAACUUGAUCUUGAUACAGUGGAGACUGACAUUGAUGAAAAAGUAGAAGAUAAGGCAACAAGCUUGAAAAUGACCCGUCAUCAGAAACGGAAGAUUGAUGAGACACAUGUGGAGAAGGGUCAUGAGGAGCUUGAUGCUGCGAGUUUGCGGGAACAUGAAGAGUUCACAAAAGUGAAAAACAUAGCAAAAAUAGAACUUGGCAGAUAUGAGAUUGAUACAUGGUAUUUCUCCCCUUUUCCGCCAGAAUACAAUGACUCUUCAAAGCUGUACUUUUGUGAAUUUUGCCUCAAUUUUAUGAAGCGCAAAGAACAGCUUCAGAGGCAUAUGAGGAAAUGUGACCUUAAGCAUCCACCAGGUGAUGAGAUCUACCGAAGUGGCACCCUGUCUAUGUUUGAGGUUGAUGGGAAGAAGAACAAGGUUUAUGGGCAGAAUCUCUGCUAUUUGGCGAAAUUGUUUCUUGAUCAUAAGACUCUUUAUUAUGAUGUCGACCUAUUUUUAUUUUAUGUCCUUUGUGAAUGUGAUGAUCGAGGUUGCCACAUGGUUGGGUAUUUUUCUAAGGAAAAGCAUUCAGAGGAGUCGUAUAAUUUGGCAUGCAUUCUCACUCUGCCUCCAUAUCAGAGAAAAGGAUAUGGGAAAUUUCUUAUUGCAUUCUCCUAUGAACUUUCAAAGAAGGAGGGUAAAGUGGGGACACCAGAGCGACCGCUUUCUGACCUUGGGCUGUUAAGUUACCGAGGUUACUGGACAAGGGUUCUUCUAGACAUUCUGAAAAAGCACAAAAGCAACAUUUCUAUUAAGGAGCUUAGUGAUAUGACAGCCAUAAAAGCAGAUGAUAUAUUAAGCACCCUACAGAGUCUGGACCUGAUACAAUACAGGAAGGGGCAGCAUGUGAUAUGUGCAGAUCCAAAGGUGCUCGAUCGCCACCUAAAGGCAGCAGGCCGUGGAGGUUUGGAGGUUGAUGUUAGCAAACUUAUUUGGACUCCUUACAAAGAACAAGGUUAAGGAUAUGUUCAUAUGUUGCCUCGUAGCAAGUGUUUCUGUUCCCUGGCUGGUUAACUUUGUAGCUGUAAAAAGCCUAGUGUUGAUUGAAUUAUGGGAGUUAUAUUGUUGAGUUACAAACUCAUGGACAUGAACUUAUUAGUGCCACAAGAUUUCAAGUGAAUAUAAGACGGAAGUUCUAUUAACCAA